CGCGCCGCACUUCGGGCAGGGGCGGCGGGGCCGUGGCGCGCCCGGGGCCGGUCCCGGUGCCGCAGGGAUGUACACGCUGACGCGGGGCCCCAGCAAGCUGGCCACGCAGCGCCGCACAGGUCCGACGCAGCAGGCGGUGGAGAGCAGCAAACUGGGCGAGCUGCGGGGCCGGCUGCAGCCCGGUGCUUGGCCCCCCGCCAGCCCAGCCCAGAAGCUGGUCUUCAACAGAGUGAACGGCAAGAGGCCGCAGGUGCUGCUGCCGCAGGUCUCUGCCCCCGAGGAGUGCUACACCCUGGCCCACGAGGAGAACGUCCGCUUCAUCUAUGAGGCCUGGCAGCAGGUAGAGCAGCAGCUGGAUGGCAGCCGGAGCGGGGAGAGCGCCUGUGGGCCUGUGCAGUACGUGGAGAAAAACCCCAACCCCGGCCUGAAAAACUUUGUUCCCAUUGACCUGGACGAGUGGUGGGGACAGCAGUUCCUGGCCAACAUCCAGAACUCCUAAGAGGGAAGGGAAGGGAAGGGAAGGCGUUUGGCUUCGGCCGGAG